AUGCCGCCGGCAAUUUCCCCAGACUCCGCGGCGAAGGCUGGCCCCUCCCGAGGCCAGAGCAAGCCACUCGUGGCACGACAAGGCACUCUAGACAAGUUCUUCAGUCGGUCGGGGGCCAGUUUUCCGCCAGCUUCAUCCUCGUCGGCAAUUAUAAAGAAGACGUCACCGGCACAACCCGAGCCCAGAUCGACGUUCGCCGUGGUCAUAAAAUCAAGCCCUAACAAACGCUUGGAACCGACGCCAAUGAGGACGGUGGAGGACGAUGCGGACGACUUGGUCACAUCGGAUCUCUCACCUCAGUUCAGGAGGCUUGCGGCUCAGGCGGCCUUGAGUGUCAGCCUCUCCAAGCCGGCUCUGCCAGCCGCCGCCAAUACCGAUGACGCAGAGGCAACCUCAUCAGGUCAAACUCCUCAGCCACAGCCGAAAAGGCGUGGCCGGCCAAAGGCAGCCGUCACCAAGGAUUCAGAGGACAGAGCGGCUGCAACCGGAGCGAGAACUCUACGGCCGGACAGGCCAAAGGUCGGGAGCAUGUACGCCGGAAAGCGGCGAGGUCGGCCGCCAAAGGCACCAUCACCCAAACCUAGAGCAAUCUACGAGGGUCUGGACCCGCACUUCAACGUCUUUAUCUGCGAGUGGGAAGGGUGCCGCGCCGAACUUCACAACUUUGCGACUUUGCAGAAGCAUGUCGUUGUGGUUCACACCCGGAAGCCUCCAUUUCAGUGUCGAUGGGCCAAGUGCGCCGCACAACAGCCGCCUCGUGAGUUCUCCACAUCGGCGGACCUCAAGUCACACACGGAAGAUCUACAUAUGCCUCCCAUCGCCUGGCAGGUGGGGGACGGGCCGCAGGUGUCACUUAAGCGAUACGCCCCCGAUGACGGAGCCGAGCUUCCUGACUACCUUUUUGAUAAGGCGGGCAACCAGAUCACGCCGUCGAUCCGGGAUCAGAAAGAGGAAGAUUUUCUCACAUGGCGCAACAACAGGCGGAAACUCAAGGACCUUUUGCUCCUGCGAGAUCAGAACAUGGCAAGUGAGGGAGAGGAGGAGGAGGGGAACGGAGUUGAAGAGCUGCCCGAAGGCGGGUGA